AUUAUUGUUUAUUUGGUACCGAAAAAGAGCAGCUACUCAAGGGUGGGGGGGCAAUUACGGGACUCUGGGUGCCCAGUGUCUUGCAAGUUUUCUUCGGGGGUGUGCUGUUUUACAAUAGCUAGGGGGAAAAUGUCUAGGGGGAAAGCGAGGGGUUUAACCCGGACAGACCGGCAGGUGAGCGAAGACGCCGACAUUGACAACCUGUUGGCUAACUUGUCACCUGAGGAGGUGGAGGAGUUGGAGAAGGAGCUUACGGUGAUCGACCCCGACCCAAACGUGCCGGUUGGUCUCAGACAGAAGAAUCAGACGGAAAAACAGGCAUCCAGAAACUAUAACCGGGAAGCCAUGCUGGACUACUGUGAGCGUGAAACUAAGAAACUCAUCGAAAGAGAAUUGUCCUUCGAGGAACCUAAGAAUGAGAUCUUGAGGAAAGGCCAGGCAAGGAGCUUCUCCAGGUCAGACAGCCAGAGUGGGCCAGAGCUGGGGGGCCAGAAUGCAGUGAUCCACACAGAAGAUUGUGGCUCAAGGCGCCUGGGUCACAAGAUGGAGGACAAGAACUACAAGGGGAGAGGGGACCCGACAGAGGAGCGGGCAGGUCCCUCAAAUAGAUUCAGGAGGGAGGAAAGCAGGAACAAGGAUAAAAUGUAUGAAGCUCAGGAAAAAGGUAUACAAGAGGAGAGCAAACAGGUGGAGGACAACAAGAAAAAAGUGGACAGCAACAGAAAGAUAAAAGCCUCGGUCUCCAAGCUGCAGGAGAAGAAGGAGGAGAGCAGGGAAAAAGAGAGAAAAUGGGAAGAGGUUAAGACAAGGGGACUCGUCUCCAGGCUACAGGAAAAGAAGGAGGACAGUAAGGAAAAGGAGAGAAAAGUGGAGGUCAGAAAAGGGGAAGAAGGAAAGACAAGGGGACUUGUCUCAAGGCUACAGAACAAGAAAGAGGACAGUAAGGAAAAGGAGAGAAAAGUGGAGGUCAGAAAAGGGGAAGAAGGAAAGACAAGGGGACUUGUCUCCAGGCUACAGGACAAGAAGGAAAAGGAGGUGAGCACAGAGAAGGAGGCUGGAGGGGAUGUGAGAAUAAGGGAUGCCAGCAAGACGAGAGGACUUAUCCCCAAGUUAGAGAAGCAGCCAAGCCAGACUCGAGAAAACAAGAUAGAGGAGAAAAGGGAGAGAGCUGUUGAGAGGGGUACUAGGAGCAAUUUGGAACAAAUCAGCUUGCAAGAAAGUGAGAAGGAGCAAAAGUUUGAGAUGAAGAAGGAGAAAGAGAAGGCAAAGAAGGAGAUGGAGAAGGGACAAGAGAAGAGUAAGAAGGUCCCUAAUGAGCCCCUGAAAGGAAACCACAAUGAAGAGGAUAGAGCCAACUGUACUGUAGAGAAAUCCAAAGAAGAAGAAGAAGAGGAGAAGGGGGAGGAUGACGAGGCAGCAGCCAGUGUGUUUGAUGAGCUCCUGGAAAAGGUCAGUAGAAAUGACCCCGAUUUGAUCGAGCUCAAUGUCAACAAUUCAGAGGUUAUCAAGACCAAGACACUCAUCCAGUUCGCAGAAGCCUUGAGGGACAACACGCACGUUAGGACAUUUGCCCUGGCCAACACACGCGCCGAUGACCACGUGGCCUAUGCCAUCACUGGAGCCCUGCAGGCCAACGGCACCCUCACCAGCGUCAACCUCGACUCGAACCUCCUCACCGCCAAGGGCAUCAUGGCCGUCAUCCAUGCCCUGCAGCACAACACCACUCUCACCGAGCUGCGUUUCCACAAUCAGCGCCACAUCUGUGGCGGCAAGACCGAGAUGGAGAUGGCCAUGGUGCUCAAGGACAACACUACUCUGCUCAAGCUGGGCUACCACUUUGAGCUGGCCGGCCCCCGCAUGACCAUGACCAACAUCCUGAGCCGAAACAUGGACAGGCAGCGGCAGAGACGUCUGCAAGAGCAGAAACAGGCCCAGGCUCUGGCUGAGGCACAGUCUAAUGGCGAGAGGAACGGCACUCUUGAGACACCCAAGGCAGCAGGGGCCGUCCUGAAAACUUCCCCCAAAGGAACACCCAAACCCUCCCCACAGCCUACGCCCAGAACCUCACCCAAGACCCCAAAGAAGGUGGGCACCCCUGGACCCCCUGCUCCCCCUCCUCCACCUCCUCCUGUGCCCUCUCUUAACUCUAGCUUCCUGCGGAAUACGCUGACCCCCGUCUCGCAGAGGAAGCUGGAUGACCGGAGUCUGGGGCGUGGUUCGGAGAGGAAUUCAAGGGACCAGUUGCUGGACUCCAUUCGCACCAACAAUAUGAAAAAACUUAAAAGGGUUCAUGUUCCCAAGCUGCUGCAAUAAGUGUGUGUGUGUGUGUGUGUGUGUGUGAGUGGUGGGGGGUGAGGGUGGUGAGGGGGGUGAGUAUGGAGUAGAUGAAUAUC